CUAAACGUCACUCAUUAAACCAUAUUAAAAGACAGCAGGAGACACAAAAGAUUUGAAUAACCUCUAAAAGUGCCUUUUCUUUUUUAUUUGAGUUCUAGAGAGUAAUAAAUUUGAAUAGAUCAUUUGAAAAAAUGGAUUACGAUGAAAAGAACUCGGAUGAGUUAGAGGCAGAACUCUAUUCUCGCAUUCACCACGACAAACCUGAGACCAUUGAUACGGUUGCUGUGGCGCCGCCACCCGUGUACAAUCGAACAGUUACCAGACACAGCGUUGUAAACAACAACAACAAAAUGAAUAAGAAAGCAGCGUCAACGAAAAAUCGUAAAAAAGCCAUUGAAAGAUGUAAUCCAAACCCAUUUGCUUUUGCUUCGGCAGUGAAUAACCACAUACCAAAACGUUUCACUCCUUACACGUCUUAUUUAUCACAAGUUGAUUCACAGCCAAUAGAUUUACCUAACGUUCAAUUGAACGAUAAUUUACCAGAAACCGUUCAACAGCCCGAUGAACGUCGACCGAAUCCGUUCAAUAAAGGCUUUAAUCGAGCCGAAGAGAAAAUUAAACGCUUCCAGCAAAUGGAAGCGAAGAAAGCCCAUGCCAACAAGGUUCGUGAGGAGAUACGACUCAGAAAAGAAGACACAGUGAACGUAAAGCAGGAAGUUGAGAUCAUUGAAACAAUAGCGAAACCUAUAUCUGUACCGGAGUCCGAUUCAGAUGAUGAAGUCUACAUUUAUCCACCGGAAGAGCCAACCGUCAUUAGCAGUGAGGACGAAGAUGAAACAAAUGCUCCGGUGGAAAAGGAACCAGAUCCGAUCGACAAUUUGCAGGACGAUUGCGAUGCCAUCAACGUUGAUUAUGAUAAACGUCUCAGUCGCCAUGACGAUCCGUUCGGUGGCAUUGACGUCGCCCAUUUGAAUACAAUCAUAUCAGCGAACCCGUCGAAGAAUCUGCCGCCAGUCAACGAAACAGCAGAUCAUUUUGCCAAACCACAGCGAGCCAAUCGAAAUUCGUUGAAACGGUCGUACGAUGUGUCAGAAACGGAUUUCGCUGCUACUGAUGUAUAUGAAUCGGAAAGUUCAGAUCUGCCAGAAAGUAAUGCACCGAAGGGUCGAAAAGUGGCCACCGUCUUAUCAGAAUCGGAGGGCAGUGACAUAGACACGUCAAAGCGGUCGAAACGUAUGCGCAAACGUCGAAAGUCCGGAAGUAAUCGAGGUUCCGACUGCAUUAGCUCGGAUGAUAGUGACGAUGAUGGCGAAGCGUAUUUAGAGCCCGAGAAGACUACUCGACCGUAUUACUUACAUCGUGGCGAGGGAGUUUUCAAUGCAGUGACCAAGUACUCGAAACGUGUCACCAGUCGCCGAAAUGACCAGAAUCGAGAUGGUAACUUGGAAGCGGUUGAAUCAAGUGAAGAUUCGGAAACAAACGGGGUUGAAGAAGAACAAGAAAAUGUAAAUUGGGUUGUUACCGAUACGGUUGGUGAAACCGAUGACAUUGAAUUGAACAAUUUCGAAAAUUUAUUGGAGAUCGAUAAGAGUAUCGAUGAAAAUUGUGCCAAUGUAAAUGGUGAAGAAAAUGAAUCAAACGUUGAUAAAGAUGACAAUAAUGGUGUUCGUAGUGAACGUUUGGUAAUUCACCCGGAAAUGGGUUGGAAUAACGAAAUGAAGGCUUUUUAUAACGAUUCAUGGGGCGGCGAAACUCACAAUGUUAUGGCCAUACGGAAACAAAUGCCAAGAGACUCCCUCGAAUGGCGCAUUGACCCGAAGGACCUUCGAUCCAACUACAAUGUGUUGAAAACGGUAAAAUGUCACAACUGUCGGGAAAACGGCCAUCGAAUGGCGUUCUGUCCGCAACCGAAAAAGGAGAUCAUUUGUUAUACGUGUGGAGUUGUUGGUCACCGAGAAGUUAGAUGCCCCAAUACCAUUUGCUUGAGAUGCGGAGAGAAGACGAGCUCAUUUCGUCGCGGCUGCGAACGUUGUUUCCGUAUGUCACAUAUGACCUGCAAAAAAUGUCGCCGUCGUGGCCACUUCCAACAAAAUUGUCCGGAUAAUUGGAGAGCUUACCAUAACACGACUGAUCCUACCGCAACACCAGUAUGUGUUCCAACAAUUCAACCAAAAAGAUUUUGCUCUGUUUGCGCUGGCUACGGUCAUCGAGCUGAGCAAUGCUACGAUUUCCAAUUAUUUAUGCAAGAUGACGUCAUAUCUUCCGACGUAAGACAAUACGAAAAGGUGUACGACGAUCCGCCCAUCGACAACAGUAUGUCAACGCCGUAUUCAAUGUUCGAGAAUCCACGCGAAAAUUUCAGAUUCGUUUGGAACGUAAAUGAGGCCAAGGAUCGAGUUUACGGCCGUUUUCUGGAAGCUACGAAAUUCCAACGGGACGCUGGAACGGCUGACACAAAAAGACGUCAAAAGGCUAAGAUACCAAAGUUGGACGAGAAAUUCGUGUUGAAUCCAAUGAACGCAGAGAAUAUCCGUGAAAAGCCGAAAAAACAAUUCGCCAAGAAUUUCUAUGAAGAAACGCUAGCAAAGAACGAUGCCGAACCCGAUGUAACCGACAGUUCGAAAAGUGUUCCCAUCCCGAGUGUCACAGAAGAUAUUUCAACAGAAAUCGUUAACGGAACAUUGCCUGAGAGUGAAAAUGUUGAUCGUGAUGUGGUGAUGAAGGAAACCAUCGAACUAGAUUCUGCGGUUGUUAAUGGUGAAAAUCCGGACGAAACACUAAAUCUCGAACCCGGUGCAGACGAUAAACUGAUGCAAGAAGCAAUCGAGGUGGAUCAUCUACGCGGAUCGGUCAACUUCAGUUUUAGUAAGGAAAUGGAUGACCUAGAAAGGUCUAGGGCUCUAUUCAACCUGAGCUUCAUCGGAUCCAGCGACCAUGAGCCACAAGAAAUUACUCCGAGUCCUACGACCCCCACCAAAGCGCAUGCCAAAAAGAUGCGAAAGGCGCAGGAAAUUGAACAGUUGACCGAAAUGGAAAUUUCUUUAAACAAGCUUCGGGACGACAUCAUCUUGAAUGUUACAGACGCUAGCGAUCAGUCCACCCAUUUUGUUCAUGACUCUGACUCCAAUUAUAGUUUCGGGGAAUAUUUUAACGAAUCCAAGUCAAAAGAGAAAGAACAAGACCGACAUGAUGCUAUUGAGUCACCAGACUACAUUCCCUUGCCACCGCACAUUGACUCAUCUGACUUAGUAGCUGCUUCCGAUGCAGCUAUAUCGUCAGCACCAGACGCGCCGUCAAACUCUGCAAAAAUAUUUCUCACGAAGCAGCAUGCACGAUUAUUGCUGUCAACCGAUGCGGGCAACAAAUUGCUCAGUGAUGCGUCUAUUACACAUCAAGUGAAAGUACGAAUGGAUUGGGAGAAUCUUGGAAACGUUCUGGUGGUCGUUGGUGCGACGUCCAAUCAAAAUAAAUUCCACGCCGAUUUGAUUCGAUUCUUGGUGGAAAUGUGCAAGAAGAUGCGCAUCAAAAAUGAGACAUUUCAACAGAUUCCGAAAAGUAAAAUGGCCCUGAUUCGAUUCAUCCGCGAACAAUUUGCUUUGCUGGAGCAACCAUUGGGCAACGUUAGCGAACUGUACAGAAAUAUGAAGAGAAACGAGAAUUUGAAGAGUAAAAAUGGCACGAAAAAUGCAGACCGUGCACGAAAGAACCUGAAUAUAAUUUUGAUGGGUCGAGCUGGUCUUAGAGACGGACGGUUACAUUUGGCUGGGCUGGAGAGCAAUCUGAAAUUCUUGUUGAAUAACAACAAGGAUAUGAUGACCAGACAUACCAGGGAAGAAAUCUACCAACAUUAUCGGUACGUUUUUUCAUCGUUCGAACAUGACGACUACCCGGACCUAAUAUCAGAAUAUGAGGAAAUGAAACGAUCGAAGACCUUUCCCCCACUGAAUAUUGACAAGAAUUUGUUGGAAAUCAAAAUUUCCGUGAAAGAUGAUGCAAACGUCGACUUAAACCGGGCUAAGCAAAAACUUAUGCGGACAAACAAUGACACCGAAUCCCAGAACGAAAAUCAAGAAUCGGUCGAUGAUGGGCCAGCAACAGUUGAUGCGAUUUCAGUGUCGGAACCGAAAACAUCAACUCCAAAAACUGUCAAAAGGGAACCCCGAACUCCGAAGCAACACGGAAAAUCGCAGAAACAGGACCAAAGAACGCCGAAACAAGAGUCGAAGGCACACAACGUACAAACAGAAGCUGUCGAAUCGGAUGGGCGGGGUGAAAAUUCAUCGAACCUGAAUGAAAACGCUGUUUGGUCAUUGAAAUGCAAGGACAUCGUCGAACAAUGUCGUCAGAAGCACUUUAAAUCGAGUAGGGUUGUGGACAAAUUGAACACGAUUUUGGAGAAAGCUUCUCGCAAUGAGCUCAGUUAUGCGGACUAUAAAAAUUUGGAAAGAAUAGUGAACGCCAUGAACAGCACUAUUAACUGAUUAAAUAAAAGAUUCGAAAUUACUAUAAAGC